UUGUACAUCUGAGCAAAUUCGAAAAUCACUUUAUAUAAACGUUUUGGAAUCCAUUUAACAAAUUCGAAAAUCACUCAGCAAGUUACACACUCUCCCCUUCCUUCUCACUGAUCAAAUUCCCUUCCAUUUCCAUGGAGUUUUGGGGUGCUGAGAUAAAAAGUGGAGGCUCCUUGAAGGUGAACCCUGGUAGAGGCAAGAUGUUGCAUCUGUCGCAGGUCUGUAUUGGGGAGAUCAAGAAGGACAAAGGAAAUGAUUAUAUUCGCCUUUAUGUUCAUAAGAAUGGUCAAAAGUUUAUUGCUGGAAUGCUUUCCCUUGAAAGGAUUCCUCAAGUAACCCUUGAUCUAAUAUUUGAAGACGAGUUUGAACUGUCUCAUGAUUUGAAACAAGGAAGUGUACACGUUAUUGGAUAUAGAGUUGAUGAUUCUAAAUCGUCCACUGAUGAGGAUGUAUCUGAGGAUGAUCUUGAGGAGCUUGUGCCGAUUGAUGCCUUGAACAAUGGAAAGCCUGAAGCAAAUGAUUUAAAGCCUUCAGGGUCCAAACCCAAUGCUGGUUUGAAACCUGAAAAGGCAGAAGGUACAUCAAAGGUGAAGAUUGUGGAGCCUAGCAAAGAUGCCAAAAAGAAUGUGGAGGAUGACGAAACUGAGGAUGAUGAAGAUGACGAUGAGGAUGAUGAAUCAGUUGAGGAUGAGGGUGAAGCGGAUGAGGAAAUGGCGAGUUCUGAUGCUGAAAGUGAUGAGGAAGAUGACAGCGACGAGGAAGAGGACAGUGAUGAGGAGACGCCAAAGAAGCCUGAGCCAGCCAAAAAGAGACCUGGGGAAUCCACAUCAAAGACUCCAGUUCCUGAGAAAAAAGCAAAGUUUUCUACUCCACAGCAGAAAACUGAGGGCAAGAAGGUUAGUGGCCAUGUUGCUACACCACAUCCUGCAAAGCAAACUGGAAAAACGCCUGCUGUUGCUGACAAGUCUAACAAGCAGACUCCCAGCAAAUCAUUUGUUUGCCCUUCUUGCAGCAAAUCAUUUGGCUCUGAACAAGCUGUGCAAUCUCAUUCCAAGGCAAAGCAUGGUGGCAAUUAAGCUACAUUUUGCUGAGGCCAGCAAUUACUGAACUACGGCAGUGUUGCCAUGUUCUUUUGAGAAUCUGACUACUUUUAUAAAACUGAUCCUUGAUUUCUAUCUCUAGGUGUGUUAUGUAGGGCCAGAUUAUUUUCUUAGUUUCUUGUAAAAUGCUGUAGACCUUACCAUCGGUUUAUUUUGGUUGGGUAGAAGACAAAGUUGCCAUCUUUAUUGAUGCGUAAAUUGUUACUUUUCGGUAUAAAUAUGAUCUCCUUGUCCUUCAUGAAGUUACCUUUUACCAGGAUUUGUCUGUUAAACUAUAAACUGUUGCUAUCAGCCCCUAUCAGAUUUUCAGAAUGAAAAAGAGCAGAGUGAGGUAUUUUCUGGCUCGA